CAGACAGCAGGCUAGUUGGAGCAGCUUGGAGGGGAGAGCAAGAAGUAGAGAGGAAGAAAUAUUACAGAUGGACCUGUAAGUUUGCACCCUUUUUCAGUGUGGCACUUGGAAGACAGCAAAGGUGGAUCUGUACUCUGAAAUGCAGUAAUUUUGAUGUUUGAAGUCAUCUUCCUUCUUGCAAGAGAAGAUUCUAAUAAACUCGGUGUCAGAGCCAAGACAUAAACUCAACUUCUUCUCUUCUUAAAGCUCCACCUCACGACAUGGAAGCUGUCGCCAAGUUUGAUUUCAUGGCCUCAGGCGAGGACGAACUGAGCUUUCAUACUGGAGACGUCCUGAAGAUCUUAAGCAACCAGGAGGAGUGGUUCAAGGCGGAGCUUGGGAGCCAAGAGGGAUACGUGCCCAAGAAUUUUAUAGACAUCCAGUUUCCUGAGUGGUUUCACGAGGGCCUCUCCCGACACCAGGCAGAGCACUUACUCAUGGGCAAGGACGUUGGUUUCUUCCUCAUCCGAGCCAGCCAGAGCUCACCAGGUGACUUCUCCAUCUCUGUCAGGCACGAGGAUGACGUUCAGCACUUCAAAGUCAUGCGAGACAACAAGGGCAGUUACUUCCUGUGGACUGAGAAGUUUCCAUCCCUAAAUAAGCUGGUGGACUACUACAGGACAACAUCCAUCUCCAAGCAGAAGCAGAUCUUCCUGCGGGAUAGAACCCAAGAAGAUCAGGGUCACCGUGGUGGCAGCCUGGACCGGAGGUCCCAGGGCAGCCCAUACCCCAGCGGGGCUGCAGGAGAGGAAGUCAGGCCUUCAGUGAACAGGAAGCUGUCGGAGCACCCCUCUUCCCUUUCCUUCCAGUACCACCCACACCAGCCCCCACAGGGCCCCCCGGAGCCACAGCCCCCUCCACAGCGGUAUCCGCCACAGCACCAUUUUCAUCAGGACCGCCGUGGAGGCAGCCUGGACAUAAACGACCGGCACUGUGUCAUGGGCCUGGGCAGCGAAAUGAAUGCUGCCCUCAUGCAUCGGAGACACACAGACCCUGUGCAACUCCAAAUGGCAGGGCGCGUGCGCUGGGCCCGGGCGCUGUACGACUUUGAAGCCCUGGAGGACGACGAGCUGGGGUUCCACAGCGGAGAGGUGGUCGAGGUUCUGGACAGCUCCAACCCAUCCUGGUGGACCGGCCGCCUGCACAACAAGCUGGGCCUCUUCCCUGCCAACUACGUGGCCCCCCUGAUGCGAUGAAUCCCUCUGGGGGUGCCAGGGACUUUCUGGCUGAGGACACCCACAAGAGAAGCGGCCAGGGAAAAAAAGCUGGACCUAAUGAGUAUUUUUACGUGCAAGUGUACAUAUAUACAUGAAUAUGAAUGCGUGAAUACAUUUUUUUUUGGGGUCUGGUCGUGGGGC